GAAGAAACCCGAGUAGCAGAACUCCGUCUCCCAUGCCCAGUCUCCCCCUCCCUCCGCGAAUGCAAAACCUGGACCGACAGCCCAGAACUCCAAACCUUGCAAACCUCUCAAAAAAUAGAAAUCGUGCUGCAACCCGGAUCUCUAUAUACUGCUCACCAGCGAAAAGGACUAAUAGUGUUCGACAUGGAUUCCACACUAAUCCAACAAGAAGUCAUCGACGAACUCGCUCGAGCGGUCGGUCGGUACGAAGCUGUGAGUCGCAUUACCGAAGCUGCGAUGCGAGGUGAAGAACCUUAUACAGAUUUUUCCGCAAGUUUGAGAGCGAGAGUCAAGUUGUUGAAAGGUGUUCCGACGACGAUUUGGGAGGAUUUAAAGGAGAAGGGAAGGAUUACUUUUACGCCUGGUGGGGAGGAAUUAGUGAGAUUUCUUCGAGGAAAGGGUUGGAAGAGUGCGGUUUUAUCUGGGGGGUUUACGCCGUUGGCUGAGUGGGUGAAGGAGAGGUUGGGGUUGGAGUAUUCUUUUGCGAAUUUUUUGGAGGAGGAGGGGGGAGUUUUUACGGGGGAGUUGGUGCAGGGGAAGGCUAUUGUUGAUGGGGAGAGGAAGAGGGAGUUGCUUUUGGGGAUUGCUGGGAGGGAGGGAGUGGAGAGGGAGCAUUGUGUGGCUGUGGGUGAUGGGAGUAAUGAUUUGCUUAUGAUGGAGGCUGCCGGUUUGGGGGUGGCGUUUAACGCUAAGCCGAAGGUACAGAAGGCUGCGCCUACGAGGUUGAAUAGUAAGUCGCUGUUGGAUGUGGCGUAUGUUUUGGGUUAUUCGAAAGAGGAAGUGGAUCAGGCGCUGGCUUGA